AUGACCAACUCUUCACCAAGAUGGCACUCACUGCCAUGGUUUCUCAACCUUUUCUUUCUUUCCACCACCUUCCUUUUCAUCUCUGUCACUUUCUCUGCCUCUCAAGAUACUUACUAUGAGCAAUGUUCUUCAACUGUCGCAGGCUCCAACUCCAAAGAAUUUCCACUCCCAAAAUUGCCACUUCCUCGAACCCAUAAUGGUUACUACACUGGUGGUGAUGAACUCCACACCCAAAACUCGUAUUCUUACUCUCCCACUUUCUCAAACUCCAUUUCACUUCGCACCAGAGCUGUUCAUGAAACUGAUAUCCCAGGCUUGUUCAAGGUUGAACUGAGUUUGACAUUUCGAGUCUCAAAUAUCUACUACCAAGAUAGGCAUCGAAGAAAUUCAGUAACUUUUAGACUACAAGGUUACUGGUCAGAAUCAAAGGGGAACCUUUGUGCGGUUGGAACAGGUUUUACUUACUCCAAAGAAGAUUAUUUGCUCAAGCGUUUUGCUGUUCUGAAGCUCUCUAAUCUCACAAAGUCAACUAAUAUUACUAGUUUGAUUACUGGGACUUUAGAGAGUCUGAGUUCUGAUAAUGAAGAUUCCUACUUUGUUCCAAUUUCCAUGUUGUUGUUUCCUCAAAUGAAUUACAAGUACUCAUAUGUUUCCGAUGAUUCCAAAGAUCGUUGUUCUGGUGGAAGUGAUCAUCUUCCAAAAGGCUUGUCACUUAGUCCUCUGCAAACACGCAGUUUCUGUUCAAUAGUUGCAAGGGCAGUCAAUCAAUUCAAUUUGAAAUAUUCAGGGGCGUGCGUCUCUGCAAAGAACUGCAGCAAUCCUUUGGAUAAGAGUAUUGGAUAUGUGCCAAAUCUUAUGUCUUUGAGUGAAAUUGAAUGUUCUGAGGAUAAAGAAAGGACGCGAGUCCUGGUGGAGUUUGCUAACGGGAGCUAUAUUGAUUAUUACCGGCAUUUCAGUCCCAACAUGACUCUCGUUGGGGAAGGAUCAUGGGAUGAGAGCAAGAAUCAGCUCUGUAUUGUUGCUUGUCAGUUUUUGGGCAUGACACAAUCUUUUUCUGAUGCUCAUCUUGAUAAUUGUUCAACCAUGUUGACCUUGAGGUUCCCUGCAGUCUGGUCAAUCAGAGGUGCUAGUAGCAUGGUGGGACAAAUUUGGAGUGUCAAGGCUGGGAAUGAAUCUGGUUACUUCGAUAAGAUCAUGUUUCAAAGUGAUAGGAAUUAUAUGCGAGGGGAUACCGGUGUGUCUAGUGCGAAGUAUGAGUAUUCCAAGAUUGACAUAGCGAGGAAGUCAUGCUCAAAUCCUGCUAAAACCGAAGGGAAAGUUGUUGAAGUGGGCCGUGUGUGGCUUGAAUUGCCACAAGCCCACAUCCUCAUUGCCUAA